AUGUCUAGCACAGCCAAAACUCUGGAACCUGCAUUUCAGGGAGCGGGUCAGAGAGUUGGGACUGAGAUCUGGAGAAUUGAGAACUUCCAACCAGUUCCUUUGCCAAAAUCCGAUUAUGGUAAAUUCUAUGCAGGAGAUUCAUACAUUAUUCUGCAGACAAGUCCUGGAAAAGGAGGCGGUGCUUAUCUUUAUGACAUACACUUCUGGCUUGGAAAGGAUACUAGCCAGGAUGAAGCCGGGACUGCAGCUAUCAAAACUGUUGAACUUGAUGCCAUUCUUGGCGGCCGUGCUGUGCAGUACAGAGAAUUACAAGGCCACGAAUCUGACAAAUUCUUGUCAUACUUCAAACCAUGCAUUAUACCAUUAGAAGGUGGUGUUGCUUCUGGAUUUAAGAAACCUGAAGAGGAAGAAUUUGAAACACGAUUAUAUAUUUGUAGAGGAAAACGAGCUGUGAGAAUGAAGCAGGUCCCUUUUUCUCGCUCCUCUCUAAGUCAUGAUGAUGUUUUUAUUCUUGACACUAAAGACAAGAUAUAUCAGUUCAAUGGUGCGAACUCCAAUAUUCAGGAAAGGGCCAAGUCAUUAGAAGUAAUUCAGUUUUUGAAAGACAAAUAUCAUGAGGGGAUGUCUGAUGUUGCAAUUGUUGAUGAUGGAAAAUUACAAGCUGAGUCAGAUUCUGGUGAGUUCUGGGUCCUCUUUGGUGGGUUUGCUCCAAUUGGCAAAAAGGUUGCUACAGAAGAUGAUAUUAUCCCUGAAAAGACUCCUGCAAAACUUCAUUGCAUUAUUGACGGCCAAGUCCAGAUUGUAGAAGGAGAACUUUCAAAGUCGCUUCUGCAAAAUAAUAAAUGCUACUUACUGGAUUGUGGUGCUGAGGUAUUUGUUUGGGUUGGCCGGGUGACACAAGUGGAGGAGAGGAAAGUUGCUAUUCAAGCUGCAGAGGAUUUUUUGGCUAGCCAAAAUAGACCAAAAUCAACACAUAUUGUUCGGCUAAUUCAAGGGUAUGAGACACAUUCAUUCAAAUCCAACUUUGAUUCUUGGCCAUCAGGAUCAGCACCUUCUGUUGCUGAGGAGGGACGAGGAAAAGUUACAGCUUUUUUGAAGCAGCAAGGUGGUGUCAUGAAGGGAGCGAGCAAAGGUGCUCCUGUGAAUGAAGAAGUCCCGCCGUUGCUUGAAGGAGGUGGAAAAAUAGAGGUUUGGCGCAUUGAUGGCAGUUCAAAAAUUCCAGUGUCCAGUGAACAGAUCGGUAAAUUUUAUAGUGGGGAUUGCUACAUUGUCCUCUACACCUACCAUUCUAAUGAGCGGAAAGAAGAUUACUACUUAUGUUUUUGGAUUGGAAAAGACAGCGUUGAGGAGGACCAGCAGACGGCUGCUAGAUUGGCUACUACAAUGUGUAGCUCACUGAAAGGGAGACCAGUUCAGGGUCGGAUUUUUCAAGGAAAAGAGCCUCCCCAGUUUGUUGCAAUCUUUCAGCCUAUGGUGAUCCUAAAGGGUGGGAUGAGCUCUAGGUACAAGAAAUAUAUUACCAACAAAGGUUUGAAUGAUGACACUUACACGGCCGAUGGUGUUGCACUCGUGCGGAUAUCUGGAACUUCCGUGCAUAACAACAAGGCUAUUCAAAUUGAUGCUGUGGCAACGUCAUUGAACUCAAACGAGUGCUUUCUGCUGCAAUCUGGAUCUUCAUUGUUUUGUUGGCAUGGAAAUCAAAGCACCUUUGAGCAGCAGCAGUUAGUGGCCAAAGUUGCAGAGUUUUUGAAGCCGGGAUUAGCUGUUAAACACACUAAAGAAGGAACUGAGAGCUCAACAUUUUGGCAUCCUCUUGGAGGGAAACAAAAUUACACCAGCAAGAAAGUAUCUCCAGAUGUUGUCAGAGAUCCUCACUUAUUCGCCUUCUCUUUUAAUAAAGGAAAGUUUGAGGUUGAAGAAAUUUACAACUUUUCUCAAGAUGAUCUUUUGACUGAGGAUAUUUUAAUCCUUGACACACAUGCUGAAGUGUGUGUAUGGAUUGGUCAAUCAGUCGAUCUCAAAGAUAAGCAAAACGCGUUUGAAAUUGGACAGAAAUAUGUUGAUAUGGCCGCUUCAUUGGAGGGUUUAUCUCCAAACGUGCCAUUGUUCAAAGUCACAGAAGGAAACGAGCCUUGUUUCUUCACCACUUAUUUUUCAUGGGAUCCAGCGAAAGCUUUUGCACAUGGAAACUCAUUCCAAAAGAAGGUCAUGCUACUCUUUGGGGCCGGUCAUGCUGCAGAGGAGAAGUCCCAUGGUUCAAAUCACGGAGGACCAACUCAAAGAGCUUCUGCUUUAGCUGCCUUAAACUCUGCAUUUAGUUCAACUUCAACUUCAGCUCCAAAACCCACUUCUGCCACAAGGCCAGGAGGAAUAAGUCAGGGGUCACAGAGAGCAGCUGCAGUGGCUGCUUUAUCAAAUGUUCUGACUGCAGAAAAGAAGCGGUCACCUGAUUCCUCUCCUGCCCAAUCGCCUGCCGGAAUAAAAAGUGAAGAUGCUCCUGAGGCUGAAUAUUCCAAAGAAGCUUUGGAGGUUAAGGAAACUUUGACAGUCGAGUCUAUCCCAGAGAAUGAUGGGGACGAUUCGGGAUCAAAGCCAGAGUCCGACCCAGAUGAAAAUGGCACUGAAACCGCUCUAAGUACAUUUACUUAUGAUCAGUUGAAGGCCAAAUCUGACAACCCUGUCACAGGCAUUGAUUUUAAACGAAGAGAGGCUUAUCUCUCAGACAAAGAUUUUCUGACUAUAAUGGGAAUGGUUAAAGAUGAGUUCUAUAAGUUGCCAAAGUGGAAGCAAGAUAUUCACAAAAAGAAAGUUGAUCUCUUCUAG